UGUUUAUGUGGUUUGGAGGUUAUUUUAUUUAAUCCGCUGACUUGUGUUUUGGAGUUCAGUCGCUGAUCUGCGCCCGCAUGACACCGACGUCCAAAAAGAUUGACCGGCCGAUGUUGCUUGUUCGUUGUUGGGAUUGUCAAUAAGUAUGCCUGAGUUAUCAAUAAACAAAACCAUGAAUAUAGUCAAACCAGUUAUUAAGAAAAUACCAGGUGAGAUACCUCCGGAGCCCAGAAAAGCAAGUCAAGGCUAUAUUGAUGAUCUGGGAAAAAAGCAAAAAUUCGAACUAAUAGAACUUUUAGAAAGACAAGAAAAAUUACUAGCCAAUAAAAAGUUUGUAUCAAAACUACCGGAUAAAGGAGCUAAAAUUUUGGAAUUCAAAGGUAAAAUUGCUUGUGAGCUUGAAACUAGGGAUAAGGUUGAAGAGGCAGCUAAAUUGUUGUCUAGACUCAAUAUUGUAUCAGAAGGAAAGGCAGCUAUUAGUGAAAUGGAAUGGACUGGAAAAUACAACGAUAAACCUAAGAAUAACCAAGAUAAAAUUGUUGAAUUAGAUAGUGACGAUGAGGAAGAUCCAUUAAAAAUACUUGCUCAGCCAACUGGGAGUGGUGCACAUAAAAAGAAAAUUAUUCGUCUUGCACCAGAGGAGAGUCUAAUAAAACCAGAAGACUUGGAAGAGAUUGAAUCAUUUAAAACAUUGGAUCCCUUAGAAUCGGAGCACAUUAAAUAUAUUGUAGAUAAAGUUGAAAAUAAUGAAAAUAAGCAUGAACGAAAACAGUAUAAACCUUAUAAAACAACAAAAUCCAAUGUUCAUGAUCCUGAAAAAGAAAAACAGAGAGAUAGUAAAAAAACUAAACAUUGGGAAGUAACUGCAGCAACUCCACCUUCAAUUAUUCAUGAAGCUACUAAAACGCUAGAUCUUAAUGAGUCCUUGAGGCUACAAAAAGAACAUGCUAUCAAACUAAAAGAGGUUCAAGCAAGGCAUGCCGUAGAACGUUUAACGCAGCAACUUGGAGUCCACCAAAUUGGUACCGUACCAUGCAACAUCGGCAGUUAUCGUACUAAUGAUAGAGAUAAUUCAGAUUCAUCGAACUCUGAAGAUGAAGAAAACUACCCACAAGUAUAUGAUGACGAAGACAAUGACAAAGCUGGCACAGUUACGUUUACUGUAGAUAGUGUAGAUUUAUAAAGUUAGAAGUUAUGAGAUUUUUAAUUAAUUUAUAUUUUGUAUGUAAGCUUUAUCAUUGAAAUCAUUUGUAAAAAGUGUUCAUCAUAUACUAAAUAAAUAUAUUUUUUAACAAUUUAAA